CAGGUGUGCGAAUCGCUUCUUGGCUGCUGAGUCGUAGGGGGGCCUCCCCGAGGGCACCGCCUGCAGCCUGGGGCGCGGGCUGCGUGCAGAGAUGACUGAGGACGCGAACAAGGAGGAGGUGCCCCUGACCUUCCAGGAUGUGGCCGUGUACUUCUCUCAAGCGGAGGGGAAGCAGCUGGGCCCGCACCAGCGGGCACUCUACCGGGACGUGAUGCUCGAGAACUACGGGAACAUGGCCUCCCUGGGAUUCUCUGUUGCUAAGCCAGAGCUGAUCUCCCAGAUGGAGCAAGGGGAGGAGCUAUGGGUCCUAGAUCUUCUGGGAGCUGAGGAACCAGAGGUCUUGAGAAGCUGCAGGCCAGAUUCUGAGAUUGGAACUGAGAAAGAACUAUCCAUUCGAAACCAGAAAUGUUCUGAAGAAGUAAACACUACAGAAUUGAGAUCAAGUAGAUUCUCAAGGGGUAAUCCGCAGGCAUCCAAGAUGCAGGAAGCUUGGUGUGUGGGUAAACUAGAAGGGCAUCUGGGAAGUUCUGUUGGGCAGAAACCCCAUCUUCACAAGAGAGUUAGAGAAACAGCAGUCAUGCAUAAGAAGAGAUCUCCAGGAGAACAAACCCAGGAAUGUAGUAUGUUUGAUAAAAAUUUGAACCUGAACCAAAAUGCUGUCAGACCUCAAAGAAAUAAAACAGAGGAGAGAGUCUUUAAAUGUGAUGUGUGCAGCAAAACCUUCAAGUAUAACUCAGACCUAAGUAGACAUCAGAGAAGUCAUACUGGGGAAAAACCUUAUAAAUGUGUUCAGUGUGGGCGAGCCUUUAGUCACAGCUCAAACCUGAUUCUGCAUCGUCGAGUUCACACUGGAAAUAAACCAUUUAAAUGUAAUGAAUGUGGGAAAACUUUUGGGCUCAAUACCCAUCUCCUUCUUCACCGGAGAAUUCAUACUGGAGAAAAACCUUUUGGGUGUAGUGAGUGUGGGAAGGCUUUCAGUCGAAGCUCAACUCUUAUUCAACAUCGUGUCAUUCACAUAGGAGAAAAACCUUACAAAUGUAAUGUGUGUGGAAGAGCCUUCAGCCAGAGCCCACAGUUAACACAGCAUCAGAGAAUUCACACCGGAGAGAGGCCUCAUCAGUGUACUCAAUGUGGGAAGGCCUUCAGCCGAAGUUCAAGCCUUAUUCAACAUCAGAGAAUCCACACUGGAGAGAAACCCCAUAAAUGCAAACAGUGUGGGAAGGCCUUCAGUCAAAGCUCAAGCCUUUUUCUCCAUCAUAGGAUUCACACCGGAGAGAAACCGUAUGUAUGUAAUGAAUGUGGCAGAGCCUUUGGCUUUAACUCUCACCUUACUGAGCACCUAAGGAUUCACACUGGAGAAAAACCCUAUGUUUGUAAUGAAUGUGGCAAAGCCUUCAGUCGGAGUUCAACUCUUGUCCAGCAUCAAAGGGUUCACACUGGAGAGAAACCAUAUCAGUGCAUUGACUGUGGGAAAGCCUUCAGUCAGAGCUCACAACUCGCCCUACACCAGAGGGUUCACACUGGAGAGAAACCCUAUGAGUGUGGUAAUUGUGGGAAGGCCUUCAGCCGGAGGUCAACCCUCACUCAGCAUCAGAGAAUCCACACUGGAGAGAAGCCUAGUGACUGCAGGAAAUGUGGCCUAGCCUUUGUUCAUGGCCCCAGCUUUGUACCACGUGGAUCAACCCACAUUGUAGAGAAAUUCUGUGUGUGCGAUGAACAUGAAAGAGCCUUUAGCCACAGCACAAACCUUGUUCUGUGCUGGAACAUUCAUAUUGAAGAGAAAUCCUUAGCAUGUAGUGAAUGUGGAAAAAUUUUCAGGCCCACAUCACAGCCCACUGAACAUCAGGAAAUUCAUCCUGGGGAGAAACCCAAUAAAUGUCAUGAACAUGGAAAAGCCUUCAGUUGGGGUUCAACCCUUAUUCAACACCAGGUAACCCAGACUAGUGAAAAACCUUAUCAUUGUUCCAUGUGUGGGAAAGCCUUCAGCCAGAGCUCACAGCUUAUACUACACCAGCAAAGCUGGGGAGAAACCCCCUUUAAGUGACAAGUCUGGAAGAUACUUUAUUCAUUAUCAAAAAGAUUUUCUGAGAAAGACAUCUUUAAUAUGAUAAAUAUGGGAAUGAUUCAGCCAUUUUCCCCUCUUUUGUUGUAUGGACAAGACUGUGUUCCGUUUUUGUUGUACAGGUGAUCUGUGGUGCAAUGAAAGUAAAUAAGAAAGUCUAAAUAUUACUGGCAAAGCAAAAUAAACAUCACAGAUGACUCAAUUUUAAAUGUGAAAGUAAACACGAGAGGAUUCAUUCUGGAAAAUAAUCUCAUCUGUGCGAAGGCUAUAGUUAUUUAGAAGGUGGCCAGUGUGGCACCGUCUUAGUUACCUAGUGCUACUAUAACAGAAAUAACACAAGUGGCUGGCUUUAACAAAUAGAAAUUUAUUUGCUCACAUUUAGGAGGCUAGGAGUCCAAAUUCAGGGUGCCAGCCCCAGGGGAAGGCUUUCUCUGUUGGCUCUGCGGGAAGAUCCUUGUUAUCAGUCUUCCCCUGGGUCUAGGAGUUUCCCAGCGCAGGGACCCCAGGUACAAAGGACAUGCUCUGCUCCCAGCUCUUCUUUCUUGGUGGUAGGAGAUCCCUCUCCUCUCUGCUCACUUAUAUCUUUUAUAUCUCACAAGAAAUUGACCCAAGAUACAACUUAAUCCUCUAGACUGUGCCCUACCUCAUUAACAUAACAGACAACUCACUCCCAAAUA